UAUGCUACCUACCUCAUGUUAAAGUUUUAUUUAUUUAAAAAUAUUUCAAUUCUUUGUUUCAUUGCAGAUUUAUGUGUGAAUAUCCACUUCUCUCCAUCUUCAACUGCUCAGCCCUUUCUUGAGUGCAAACUGGAACAUAAACAUGACAAAGAGAAGAUGAAGAAAUCAACAAGAGGAUCAGAAAAUUUGACAACAUCCUCUUUCCAGUAUAAUUCUCUUUCUGUGAGAGAAGCUGUCAAAACUGACCAAGAAUGUGGAGAAACUUUUAAAAACAAGUCUGACUGUAAAGAUAACAAGUCAGUUCAUUCAGUACCAAAGACAUAUUGCUGUUCUGAAUGUGGUAAAAGUUUCCUCCAUAACAGCAAGCUUCAGGCACACAUAAGAAUUCAUACUGGAGAAAAGCCGUAUUGCUGUUCUGAAUGUGGCAAAAGAUUUACCAAGAGUAGCAAUCUGAAGAGUCACACAAGAAAUCAUACCGGAGAAAAGAGAUAUUAUUGUUCUGAAUGUGGGAAAAGAUUUAGCCAGAUUAGCAGUCUUCAGCGUCACACAAGAAUUCACACUGGAGAGAAGCCAUAUUGCUGUUCUGAAUGUGGUAAAAGAUUUAGCCAGAGUGGUGAUCUUCAGAGUCACACAAGAAUUCAUACCGGAGAAAAGCCAUAUUGCUGUUCUGAAUGUGGCAAAAGAUUUAGUAAAAGUAGCAAUCUUCAGAGUCACACAAGAAAUCAUACUGGGGAAAAGCCAUACUGCUGUUCUGAAUGUGGCAAAAGGUUCAGCCAGAUUAGCAGUCUUCAGCGUCACACAAGAAUUCAUACUGGAGAACGGCCAUAUUGCUGUUCUGAAUGUGGUAAAGGAUUUAUCCGGAGUAGCGAUCUUCAGAGUCACACAAGGAUUCAUACUGGGGAGAAGUCAUAUUCUUGCUUAGAAUGUGGCAAACGAUUUUCUGUCAAGUCCAAUCUCCAGAAACACAACAGAAUCCACACAGGAGAAAAGUCAUAUUGCUGUUCUGAAUGUGGAAAACGAUUUUCUGACAGUUCCAGUCUGUCAACCCAUAAGAGAAUCCACACUGGAGAAAGGCCAUAUGGCUGUGCUGAAUGUGGCAAAAGGUUUUCUGACAGUUCCAGUCUCUCAAGACAUAAAAGAAUCCAUACUAGAGAAAAGUCAUUUGAACAUGUUGAGUGUGGGAAAAGUUACUUCUUUGACAGCAAGCUUCAGGCACACAUAAGAUUUCAUACUGGAGAUGUGGAAUAAAACUACUGAGAUUGUGCCAGUGGUGCUGGGAUCAACAGGCCUUAUGAAAAAAAAAAAAAUGAUAAAAAAAAAACAUUUC